AUGAAGAUAUGUUUACGCUAUCUGAGUGACCCUGGGUAUCAGACAGGCAUUGGUCAAGAACUGGGUGUAAGUCAAGCAACGGUAUCUCGUACAGUGACUGCCGUUAUUGACAGUAUAGUUGCCCAAUCAAAUCAGUGGAUAAAGUUUCCGUCAACCAGCAGUGAACUUAUGGAUGCGAAACAUUUAUGGCAGAGCAAGUAUAGGUUUCCAACAGCAAUAGGUGUAGUUGACUGUACCCACAUUGGAAUACUGAAACCAAAGCGUCAUGGUGAUGAGUAUGUCAACCGAAAGGGCCAUCCAACACUCAAUAUGCAAGCCACUUGUGAUGCAAGAGAAAUGUUCACUAGUGUGGAUGUCAGUUGGCCUGGAUCGGUUCGUGAUUCAAGAAUAUGGAGAAAUUCACAAAUAAGGGUUCAUUUACAAAAUAAAAAAAAUGUAGUGCUACUUGCAGAUGAAGGAUAUGGUAUAGAGCCGUGGCUCAUGACUCCCUUCAGAAAUCCCUACUCAGGCCCUGAACUGAAUUAUAAUAAACUUUUGAAGAAAGAAAGAGUUAUAAUCGAACGUUGUUUCGGUCAACUGAAACGUCGAUUUCCUAUUUUGCAAUAUGUUUGCCGAGUGAAAUUGGAAAAGGUUCCAAAAAUAAUUGUUGCCUGUUUUGUGCUUCAUAACGUAGCAAAAACUUUGAAAGACAUCGAUUUGGAAGUAACUGAAGAAGUGAUAGAAGAAGAUGACAAUGAUAAUGGCGAAAUUGAUGUACCUCUUCAACAGCAAGGACGAGAGAUCAGAAGAAAUUUGAGCAUUGUAAUCAACAACUUUUGUAAUUGA